GCGUCAUCGCGAGCAUGGCGGACGAAGCCGAAGUCGAGUCGUUCGGGCCGCCCGAGCCCGUCGCGCCGUGGAACUGGUCCAGCAUCCCGGACUACGGUCCCGUGCAGCAGUUCCAGCACGUCGCCGCCUUCCUCCUCAUUGGCGUCAGCAUGACGCUCGUGUACGAGUACACCACGUACUUUGACCAAGUCUCGCGCGAGUUUGCUUACCCGCUCAUCUGGUUGGCCAUCUUCUUUCGGCUCCUCGCGCACCUCUCGCCGCGCGAGCUCAGCGAAGAGGACGAGAUCGCGGCCCGCGAAAAGGCCGAGCAGAUCGCGUUCAAGAAGCGCCUCGCCGCGCUCGCCAGCGAAGACGACGAGAACGACGACGAGACGGCGCCAACGACUGCCGAUGACGCUUUGCACGCCAAGAAGCAGCAAUAAUUCCUGCCAUCCGAUCACACAUAUAUCGAUUGCUGCAUUCUUGUC